UCCUAUUUUUGUAAAUUUCCAUAACAGGCGCGUAGGAGAAACAACACUUCAUUUUGACAAAAACCCUAGUCCUAGGGUUUAUUGCAGCCAGUCGAAUCGAUUGUGUAAUAACAAGCAUACUGUACAUUUCCGGCGAGCAGCACCGGUUACUUCUCCUUUCUCUCUCUUUCUUCGGGAAGAUAUGUCUGAAGCGGAGGCCAAAAUUGCUUCUGCUUGCGUUGAUUCACUGCGUAAUAGUCUCCGGCGAGUCCCUCCGGCGGCCGUUCCGGCGAUGUUGGAUUGCGUUGUAGAUUCUACCGGCUUGUCUCCGUUCUUUCUUUUCUCUUCGCUUCUCGAUGCGUUCCCCGGUGUUACCAAGGGCGUUUUCGAGGGAAGUGAAAAACUUGAUUUGGAGCAUCGUGAUUAUAUUAUGUCUUUUAUGGGCGCACUCUGUCAUCUCCUCACGAAAUCAGGUGCUAGUAGUUAUGGUGCUUUGCAGUCAUUUAUUUGGAAGAUCUUAGUACCACUAAUGAAGCUGAUACAAGCACAUGAUUCUGAAAUGCUUAAUGAGGUAGCAGAUUCUUUCUAUCGUGUUGUGAUGGAAUUGGGAGCUUGGGAGAUUGUAGAAACAACCAUGGUGCCAUUUUUCCUUAGAUUGGUAGGUCUGUCCUUGGGGAUGCGUCAAAAUGAAGAAUUGGCUAUUUAUAGAUGGAGCAGAUGCUCAGUUUUCCAGGGCAUAGGUUAUCUGCCAAUUGAUUCAGAGUUGAAUAGAGACUGUAUGAUGUUGCAAAGUGAAUUGUUCCCAUUGCAUAUAUCAUGCCGUAUUUUAACUUCAAUUCUGGAUUCUGCCAUAGAAAGUCAAUGUGCUGUUGGAAGCACGUCAAAAUCAAGUUCAGCUAAUUCGAACUGUGCAGAAAAGUUAACAAAAAACUUGCUGUGGGAUCUUUAUAACAUGACCAUUCGAAUGCUUAUGCAAAGUACAGCACAUCGCUCUUGUGCAAUUAAAUUACUCCUACCAAACAUAUUUAAAUCAUUUCUGUCUCGUCAUGCUUUUGAAAUCUCAGUUUGUGGGCAGACAUAUAUACUUUCUAGGAAGCAUUUUUUUGAGAAAAUAUGGGCAUGCUGCAAAACAUUGUUCUCUCUGGGACUUUCAGAGAGAAGAGAUUCAUAUAGUGUGCUGUCUCUGUAUGUGUCUUUUUUCUGUUGCAUUCAUGGGCAUGAAGAUGAUUUUGCAGGUGAACGAGAAGAAGGAUUUCAAAUAAGAGCAGACAAAGAAUUCUGGGAUGAAAUAAAAAAAGGCCUGGUUGACAAUGAGGGGUUAGCGAGGAAACAGUCAUUACACAUAUUGAAGACAAUGCUUCAGAUAAAAGAGAAAGAUCAGUGCCACUCUGGUGUUUUAGAGGUGGUAUCCAAUGGGAAAAGUUCAGAGGCUCAUGGUUUGACGAAGAGGGGGCGGUGGGCUGACAAGGAAGCCAAAUCAUUGGGCGUGGGGAAAAUAUUAAGUUCAGUGCAGCCCUCUUUAAACAAUCAGCAGAAAUGGGGAGCAUUCUUUCUUUUGUAUGAAAUGCUCGAAGAGUAUGGUACUCACUUGGUUGAAGCAGCAUGGAAUCACCAGAUGAUCCUGUUGCUGCAGUAUUCUUUUCCACUUGAAGAUUCCUUGAUAGCUGUUGAUGAAGGACGCAUUCAAAAUCAGAUAGAUCCAUUGGCAGAUAUAUCCACAUGGCUACCUAUUUUGUGGGAGAGGGGUUUCUUGCAUGACAAUCCUCAUGUAAGGUGCUUGGUCAUGGAGUCUUUUUUGGGCAUUGAGUGGAAAAAUUAUGGACACUGCACCAAAUUAGUCCCUGAAGAUUUUGUGCUCGGUCCAUUUAUUCAAGGAUUAAAUGAUCCCAUGCACCAUAAAGAUUUUGGAAUAAAAGGAAUCUACUCUUCAAGGACAAUUGAAGGUGCAACCAAAUUUAUUUGCAAAUAUGCUAGUUGCCUAAAUUUGAGGAAACUUGCAUUUUUGAUAAAUUUAGCAUCAGCCAUUAAGAAACAAUCUUUUGGACGACCUGGAUUGAUGGCGCUUUCAGAAUGUAUUGCUUCAGCUGCUUGUGGAGUGCAAACACAUAACAAGAGUGAAGUAGAAUGGGGUAAAGAUGUUUCCUUUGCUCUGGUACCAGAGCAGUCUGCUACAGCAGGUUCUUUCAAUUAUGAAAAAGAAGACUUGCUGGAUGUUCUGAGAUUUGUCAUAGAGAGCAGCAAACAACAUUUUAACCCUAACUAUCGUCUUCAAGUCUGUGACAAAGUUCUUGAUGCUGCUGCUGCUGUAAUACAUGCAUCUGAUGUGUCCCUUGAGAUCCUUCUGCAUUUCAUUUCAGCUGUGCCGCGAGAAUUUACUGAUUAUGGUGGUUCUUUAAGAGUGAAAGUUCAAGAAUGGCUUUCGGUCGCCGAUGAUAAAUAUUAUAAUUCCAAUUACUGUGGUACUAGGGUGAAUCUUUUGAAUAGUCUAUGUGAUUUCCCUAGAAGUUUUAUAGGCCCUUAUUAUUCAGUUAGUGCCGUUCUUAAUUAUGAUGACCAAGAUCUGGAUGCAUGGGCAUUUGAAGCAAAGAGAUGGGCAAGAGUUUUAUUUCUGUUGAUUAAGAAGAAUCAUCAUGUAGACCCUGUAUUAAAGUUGAUUCUAUCUCAUUGCACUGAUCUUUGCACACGGAGCAACUAUCUUGAGUGUGUGCCUGUGAAGUUAAUCAUCCUUAUCCUAAGCUUAAUUCGGGAGCUUCAAAUAUUGGAAGAUAGAGUAGCUGACAAUUGUAAGAGUGGCAGGACCAAAGCAAAGUUUGACUUAAUUGAAAUAGAUAUGAUUUCAACAGAAAUUUCUAUCAUCCUUCAGAAGUUUACUAAGUUAUUUCUUUCCAUACUGGAAGGACUUGUUUCGUUUGCCUUGUCUUCUUGUUCCAUAUUUUCUUCUGGUAUGUCAGAGACCACCGACCUACCUUGUUCUGUAAGAGGAAAGCUUGGAGGACCAAGUCAGCGUCGAUUAUCGUCCUCUGCUACUACUGCUAUACUGCAAGCUAUAAUGUCGCUGAAGGCUGUCGCAUCUGUCUCAUUGUGGUGUGUACAAUUUGAGAAUACUGGUUUUCUCAAUUUUGCUUUCAUUUUCAUGUGCAAAUUCUUCCGGCAGAUAGUUUCAUUGCCAUCAUGCAACUCAGAGACUCUGGCAGAAAUCCGCCUGGCCGCAUAUGAAGCAUUGGCUCAUGUUCUGGAAGCAAUAGUGCCUGUUUUUCCUUCUUUUACUUCUGAUCUCAUUAUGGAUAAUCAUUCUGCUCCACCACCGAAUGUUGGGGGAAUAUAUCUCCUAGAUUCCUUGGUUGUUUCAUUUCUUCAGAACAUAAAUGAUCUCAUUGCAGUUGAAAAGUUGGCACGAACUCGGCGGGCAGUUUUGUUAAAUUGGAAGUGGACAUGCCUAGAAUAUCUGUUGUCAAUCCCUGGUCAAGCUCUUGGAAGUGGAGUUCAUGCAGACAAUGCUAUUUGUUUCCUUUCAGAUAUGACACUCCGUUGGAUAUUUGAUGAUCUUGUUGAUAGCCUUGAUAAUGCUGGGGAAGGCUCUCUUUUGCCCAUGUUGAGGUCCAUCAGAUUGGUCAUGGAGCUAUUAAGUUCAGGAAUGAUGCAUGCAGCUGCCUCCUCAUGUGAUGGCGUAGAUACUCAGAUGAUGUGGCAUUUGGUCCGUUCUUCUUGGGUAUUGAAUGUUAGCAGCAAUAAGCGGAGGGUUGGACCUAUUGCUGCACUUUUGUCUUCUGUGUUGCAUUAUUCUGUGUUUAAUAAGGAGUUCUUGCAUGAAACAGACAAUGGACCUGGCCCUCUGAAGUGGUUCAUUGAAAAAGUUCUUGAGGAAGGGACAAAAAGUCCACGCACUACCCGUCUUGCUGCUUUGCAUUUGUCAGGGCUAUGGCUCUUAAAUCCCAAGACUAUUAAGUACUACAUGAAGGAACUGAAGUUGUUAACACUCUAUGGUUCUGUUGCAUUUGAUGAGGAUUUUGAAGCUGAACUGGUUGAGAAUAAGGAUGCGAAGAGAGAAUUAUCAUUACUGGCCAGAAGCCCAGACUUUGAGCUGACUGAAGCAUUCAUCAACACAGAGUUGUAUGCACGUGUAUCUGUCGCUGUUCUGUUUUACAAGCUUGCUGAUUUGUCAGCUACAAGAUCAGUAAAUGAAAAUGAAAACUACCUGGCUGCUCUUGAAUCAGGAAAAAUGUUUUUGCUAGAGCUUCUUGAUUUAGUGGUAAAUGACAAGGAUCUUGCGAAGGAACUGUACAAAAAGUAUAGUGGGGUCCACAGGCGUAAAGUUCGUGCAUGGCAAAUGAUAUGUAUUUUGUCCCGAUUUGUAGAUCAAGAUAUCGUGCAGGAAGUCACAUCUAGCUUGCACCUAUCCCUCUCUAGAAACAACUUGCCAUCUGUUCGCCAGUACUUGGAAACAUUUGCAAUCAACAUAUACUUGAAUUUUCCCUCGCUGGUUCGGGAGCAGUUGGUUCCUAUCUUCCGAGAUUAUGAUAUGAGGCCUCAAGCACUCUCUUCCUAUGUGUUCAUAGGAGCUAAUGUGAUCCUUCAUGCACCAGCAACAGUUCAAUCUACUUAUUUGGAAGAACUACUUCCUUCAAUAAUUCCUUUGUUAACAUCACAUCACCACAGUCUACGAGGUUUUUCCCAGUUAUUAGUUUACCAAGUUCUUUGCAAAUUGUUGCCUCCCAUGGAUAGUGGUGCUUAUGAAACCAUGCCUUUAGAGCAAAGGUGCUUUGAGGAUUUGAAAGCAUACUUGGAAAAGAACUCUGAUUGUGCUCGUUUACGGGCAUCAAUGGAAGGGUAUAUUGAGGCUUUUAAUCCGAAGGAUUCUGUCACUCCUGCUGGAGUUUUCUUUAAUAGGGUGAAGGAAUUUGAGUUUGAAUGCGUUCCAACAUCUCUCAUGGAGCACGUAGCCACCUUUUUGAAUGAUGUUAGGGAAGACCUUAGAUGUGCUAUGGCAAAAGAUGCAAAAGCUCUGAAGGAUGAGAGCUUGAGGAUGGAUGAAGAUCCAAACUGUAUGAAAAUGACUAUAAAUGCCAAGGAGAAAUUGCAAACCCAGUUGCACAAGGAUACAUUAUUUGACUUUCAGAGAAAGAUCACAAUCUCCAAAAAUGGGAAGCAAGAUUCAGAUUCUGGAAAUUUCUUGGGUGGAAAUGAUCUCUACAAGCCUCUCAUGGAAAUGGAAAAUGAAGAUCAGCUUCUUGAUGAAUUAUUGCACUCAAGAAAUGCAGCUAUGGAAAGAAUAAAAGGAAAUCGACAGCAUUUUAUCCUUGUGGCUUCACUACUUGAUCGCAUUCCCAAUCUUGCUGGACUAGCACGGACGUGUGAGGUGUUUAAAGCGGCUGGUUUGGUGGUUGCUGAUGCAAAUAUAGUAAAUGAUAAGCAAUUCCAAUUGAUCAGCGUGACAGCUGAGAAGUGGGUGCCCAUUAUAGAAGUCCCGGAGAGUAAUCUGAAAGCUUUCUUACAGAAAAAGAAGCGAGAGGGUUUUUCUCUCUUGGGUUUGGAGCAAACAGCCAACAGUAUACCACUUGACCAGUAUGUCUUCCCCAAAAAGAUGGUCUUGGUUCUUGGUCGAGAGAGGGAGGGUAUACCGGUGGAGAUAAUCCAUAUCUUGGAUGCUUGCAUUGAGAUCCCUCAGUUGGGAGUGGUUAGGUCGCUCAAUGUCCAUGUCAGUGGUGCCAUUGCACUCUGGGAGUACACUCGACAGCAAAGAUCCCCAUAGCCAGAGCCCUUUCCCCUUUCUUUUCUUCACGCAAGCCUAUUUAUGUUUUAAACUCUUUCAACUCUCAAGCAAGAUUUAAUACCUCGGUGUACUUGAUCUGGAACUACUCAAUCUGAGAAGCUUAAAGCCAAUAUUCAUGCCAUGCCAGUGGUGCCACCCUAAAACUAAAAGCCCCUUGGCUUUGGUCCGCAAUUUUAUCCCACUUUGUUAGGGAAUCUUCUGGUCACUUCUUACAUUUUGGACUCAUUUUGCAGUCCCUUGGCUGACCCUUUAGGGCUGGUUCAAUUUUGUCUUUGUUUCUUUGUUUUUUGAUGGUGGUUGUUCCCAAAGUUUGAAAGCGAAAAUUAAAAAUAAUGUUUGAUUUUAUGUUCCAGGUUUACACAAGUUAGAAACAUUUCUCAAAAAAAGUAGCAAACAUUGUCUUGGAUGCCUCUUUAUGUAAAGAGAUACUCGAAUCUUAAGUUAUGUUUAUUUAUAGCCAUGUUUUGAAAUUCU